CGAAGAAGUAACAUUGUAAUGCUGGUCGUGAGCUAAUCGAGCAAGACAUGUCACGAGCAUCCCGUGGUUUGAAGAGAUUAGCCGCCUGAGUAUGGAAAAUCAAAGUUGAAAUCACCUAAUAGUCAAAGUCAAAAAUGGUGAACCGGAAAAAAUUGUACAAACGUCACUCCUGUGACAAUGAGACCCAAAUAAAUGCCCAGCUUAUGAGUUCACUUCACUAAUCAAUCAAAACAAACAGACCGAUGGAUCUACUUCUCCAGUACUUGCAACCGAUUUCCGUUGCACUUGUUGUGAUUGCACUGGUUUGGAACUAUGGAAGAAGAAACCCCACCAAAAAACUAGCACCUGAAGCCUCAGGAGGGAGACCUAUAAUGGGUCACUUGCAUCUUUUCAACGACGGUGAGUUAACUCAUCGGAAACUCGGUGCAAUGGCGGAUACUUAUGGUCCUGUUUUCAAUAUCCGAUUCGGUUCGCAUAAAACACUAGUUGUUAGUGAUUGGGAAAUUGUUAAAGAAUGUUUUACGACGAAUGACAAGCUCUUCUCGAAUCGGCCGGGUACGUUAGGUAUUAAACUCAUGUUUUACGACGCCGAUUCCGUUGGUUAUGCGCCGUAUGGUGCUUACUGGAGAGAUUUACGAAAGAUUUCUACCUUAAAACUUCUCUCGAAUCAUCGUAUCGAUACGAUAAAACAUCUGAGGAGUUCUGAAGUUGAGUCGUGUUUCGAGUCGCUUUAUAGUCAGUGGGGAAACGGGGAAAAGAGUGGCGAAUUCGCUCCGGUGAGAAUGGAUAGUUGGUUAGGCGAUUUGACGUUUAAUGUUGUUGCCAGAAUUGUUGCGGGUAAGAAGAAUUUCUCGGCCAACGGUGACGUUGGGGCUCAGAGAUAUAAAGCAGCAAUGGAUGAAGCUAUGAGAUUAAUGAGAUUUUUCGCAUUUUCGGAUGUAAUUCCCUCGCUAAGCUGGUUAGACAAUCUAAGAGGUUUGGUGCGAGAUAUGAAAAAAUGUGCAUCUGAAAUUGAUUCAAUUAUGGCUACUUGGGUUGAAGAACAUCGCGUGAAAAGAAAUUCAGGAGGUGAUUCUCAACUCGAACAUGAUUUUAUUGAUGUUUGCUUGGAUAUUAUGGAGCAUUCUUCGUUACCCGGCGAUGAUCCUGACCUCGUCGUCAAAUCUACGUGUCUGGACAUGAUAUUGGGUGGGAGUGACACGACGACAGUUACCCUAACAUGGGCUAUGUCUUUACUCUUGAACCAUCCCCAAGUACUGCAAAAAGCAAAAGAAGAACUAGAGACACAAGUAGGAAAGAACCGGCAAGUCGACGACUCGGACAUCCCGAAUCUCCCAUUCAUCCAAGCGAUCAUCAAAGAGACGAUGAGGCUGUACCCGGCUGGACCAUUGAUCGAGCGGAGGACGAUGGAGGACUGCGAAGUAGCCGGGUACCAAGUUCCAGCCGGCACGCGCUUAUUGGUUAACGUCUGGAAGAUGCAAAGAGAUGGGAACGUAUACAAAGGCGAUCCGUUGGAGUUUAGACCCGACAGGUUUUUAACUAGCAAUGCGGAUGUGGAUCUAAAGGGUCAGCAUUAUGAAUUGAUACCAUUUGGAGCUGGUAGAAGGAUAUGCCCGGGAGUAUCGUUUGCGGUUCAAUUGAUGCAUUUGGUUCUUGCCCGAUUACUUCAUGAAUUCGAAAUCACGACUGUGGAGCCAGAAACCAAGGUGGAUAUGGCUGAAAGUGGUGGUUUGCUUUGUUAUAAGAUAAUGCCAUUGGAAGUACUGAUCAAACCUCGACUCGAGAUAUGAACAAACGGGGAGCCCAACAAACAAAUAAUCUGUUAUAUGCACGCGGUUGUGUGAGACCAGUAGGUCAUGUAUUUGGCAAACAAAGUGCAGACGUAUAGUUAUGUACUAGUAAUAGUGCUAUACUUUUUUUUUUCUCUUAUGUCUUGAUUUUAUGAGCUUUCUAAAGUUGUAAGAGGAGUCGAGACGAACUCAACCUCCAACAUAGUUGAAGGUCAAACAAUUAUGUAAUCAACCAUUUAUGAUGGAUGCUGUCACACCUGCAAAUGCUCCGAGCAAAUUUUUGUGUUGGGACUGGUUAUAGA